AUGGCGGCCCCCAAGGCUUUCGACGGCCUUGAGAUGACCAGCAUGGGCCGGAACCGGCCGGAGAAGCUCGCCCAAGACUCAACGGGCGAGGUCGAGACGGGCCCGGCAUGGGAGCUCUCGCCCCGCGGCUCGGGAGACUUGGCUGAAGACCUCCGCGACGGCUACACGGCCAACGACCGGCGCGACAUGCAGCGCAUGGGCAAGAAGCAAGAAUUCCGAAGAAACUUUCGUCUCAUCUCGACGAUUGGCUUCACGACGUGUGUUAUGGGGACUUGGGAGAUCUUACUUGCAUCCAAUACACAAGGCCUCACCGCCGGUGGCCUGUCGGGCCUGUUCUGGUCACUAUGCUGGUCCUACACGGGCCAAUUCUUCAUCGUCCUCUCGCUGGCCGACAUGGCCUCAAUGGCUCCUACGGCGGGGGGGCAGUACCACUGGGUCUCGGAGUUUGCACCGCCUCAAUACCAAAAGAUCCUAAGCUACCUUUCCGGCUGGUUGUCGGCUGUAUCCUGGCAGAGCAUCGUCGCGCUCGAUGCGUUCCUCAUCGGCAACAUCAUCCAGGGUCUCAUUACGCUCAAUGACGUCUCGUAUACUCCCGAAAGGUGGCAAGGAACGCUACUCGUCUUUGCCUCAGUCAUUGGCAUCUCGCUUUUCAACGUCUUUGCCGCCAAGCAUCUCCCGCUAGCCGAGGGAAUCUUUGUGACGAUCCACAUCUUCGCCUUCUUCCCCGUCAUCAUCACGUUACUGGUGCUCGCCCCGAAGCAGUCGGCAAGUGCCGUAUUUACGCAGUUUACGGAUAACGGGGCGGGAUGGCCCUCGAUUGCCUUGACCGUCAUGGUGGGCCAGGUCUCGAGCAUGUUUGUCGUUCUCGGCUCUGAUUCGGUUGCGCACAUGUCCGAGGAGAUCAAGGACGCCAGCAUCAUUGUUCCCAAGAGCAUGAUCUGGUCCUUUCUCAUCAACCUGCCCUUUUCGUUCGGUCUUCUGCUCACUUAUCUGUUCUGCAUCGGAGACGUUGCCGAGGCCCUGGCCUCUCCCACGGGCUAUCCGUUCAUCUACGUCUUUCUAAAUGCCACUGGCUCUGUCCGGGCAGCGACGGGCCUCACAAUUGUGGUGCUGGCACUGCUCAUCAUGAUUACAAUCAGCUCCCUCGCCUCCACGUCGCGCCAGACCUUUGCCUUUGCCCGAGACAACGGACUCCCCUUUUCCAACUGGCUUGGGGCGGUCCAUCCCACAUGGCACGUUCCUGUCAACGCGGUUCUCUUCACCUGCGUCUUCUCCAUGGCGCUCGCCCUCAUCAACAUUGGCUCCAACGUUGCCUUUAAUGCCAUGCUUUCCCUGUCGACGGUGGCGCUCAUGGCCACGUAUGUAAUUACCAUCGGGUGCAUUACUCUGAAGCGCAUUCGCGGAGAGCAGCUCCCGUACUCUCGCUGGAGCCUCGGCCGCUACGGCCUUGGCAUUAACAUCCUGGCCCUGCUGUACUCUUGCUGGUCAUUCUUCUGGAGCUUCUGGCCAAACAGCCACAACAUUACGGCGGAGAACUUUAAUUGGGCGUGCGUGCUGUUCCUCGGGUUGAUGAGCCUGUCGGCAGUCCUGUACUUUUGUCAGGCAAGGCACGUUUACGAGGGCCCGGUGGUCAAGGUGGAAGGACACAAGUCAAGCUGA